AUGAGGCCGUCGUCUUUGGAGGGACGUGGAAUCCCCUCAUCGGGGGGUACUGAAGAAGAAUUAAUUUUUCCUCCCCCGUAUAACCCCUCUAGGAUGCUGGAAGAACACCAUCCUCCCCCUCCGGGGGAGGCAGACGCUGUUCCGAGAGCAGGAGGUGGAAACGCUCCAGUGGGAAGCCUGCCCUUUACCAGACAAAGGGCUCAGAGGGAGCAAUCCGCCUCCGCCGCCGACUCCACUAUUCUGCCCCUGCGAGCCACCGGACCCCCAGACGUUGAGGAGAAUCAGCCCCAUCACUAUUGGCCUUUCGCCACUAGUGACCUCUACAAUUGGAAAGCUCAGAAUCCUAAGUUUUCCGAGAAACCGGCAGGGCUUAUUGAUUUGUUCUGGUAUACUGUACUAGAUUUAAAGGAUGCCUUCUUCAGUCUGCCGCUGGCACCCCAGAGCCAACUCUUGUUUGCCUUUGAGUGGCAUGAUCCGGAGGAGGGCUACAGUGGGCAACUCACCUGGACACGGCUACCUCAGGGAUUCAAAAAUUCACCCACCAUCUUCGACGAGGCACUACACGAGGACCUGGGUGCUCCACUACAUGACUGUGCGGGAAUCCUGGAACAAGUACAUGGAUUCCGGACGGACCUGACCGACCGGCCCCUCCCCGAUGCCGAGGCUACUUGGUUCACUGAUGGCAGCAGCUUUGUGCAAGAUGGACACAGGUAUGCGGGUGCAGCGGUGGUCACCGAAACGGACACCAUAUGGGCGGAGGCUCUACCCUCUGGAACGUCAGCCCAGCGAGCAGAACUCAUAGCCCUCACCAAGGCGCUGAUGCUGGGAGCUGGAAAACGACUUAACAUCUACACAGACAGCCAUUAUGCAUUUGCCACAGGUCAUAUUCAUGGGGCAAUUUAUCAGGAGAGAGGGUUACUGAUGGCAGAAGGACGGACUAUAAAAAAUAAGCAGGAGAUACUUAACCUGCUUACGGCCUUAUGGCUUCCUGCCAAGCUAGCCAUUAUCCACUGCCAAGGGCACCAAAAAGCUGGUAACGCAGUAGCUAGAGGUAAUCGAAAGGCUGACCAGGCAGCCAAGGCAGUAGCCCUUACUCCAGUCCCCACCAUAAUCAUACAACUACCGGACCCGGGGAGACCCAGUUUUACCAGACCAGCCCAAGUACUCCCAGGAGAAGUUACAGCGGAUCAAGAAAUUCCCCAUGGCCCAGGAGAUAAAGGGAUGGUGGUAUACACCUAA